UUAUUAGCGCGUGCGGUUUGGUUGAGCCCCGGGAACCCGAACGUCUCGGAGUGAUAAGGACUAGUGACAGUUUGUUUUUGGACGUGCCAGGAGUGCCUUAGAAAGUGUCCGGAUUUCCUGGUUUCCUGCUUUGUGCGUGGAUAUCUUGGCUCGGAGUUUGGAGAAGUAGGAUCCUCCCCUAGCUUCGCGGUUCCACCAGCCACUGCGUGCAAUCCAGUCAACAACACAAUGUGCUAAAAAUCCCGCGAGUGGUACAGUCAGAACCGCCUCGCAAUGAAGAUUCGAAUCCGGCACACGGUUCUGCCGUUGCUGCUGCUAGCUGUGAUAUUGAUCGAUCAGAUCCAGUGCCAAGAAGAAGAUGGCGCAGCUCCGGUGAAAGUUUCGAAAAAGAAAAGCAAAAAAGCCAAAAAGAAGACAGUCACGGUGACGAAAGCCGUCCCGAGGCCACCCAGGGAACGACCACAAGCCGAUGCACCGCCGGCCUAUUCCGACUACGAGAACACGUACGAUCAGUACGAUUACGGCGAUGGUGAUGACGAGGGCGAAAAUGGAUCCCGCCAAACGGAGGCCUCGUUCCGCCAGCCGGACAACGAGAUCCCCGUCGAUGCCGCUCCGGCGCCUCACAUCACGGUCAGCGUGAGUCCGCUCGAGCCGGAAUCGAUCGUGCAGCCGUUCACCUGCCAUUACGAGGGCAAAUGGUACCGCGAGCAGGAACAGUUUCAAUCGGGUUACCAGGGCUGUGCCACGUGCAGGUGUCGGAACAAGCAGGUCGUAUGCGACGAAGCCGACUGUCCGAAGAUCAAAGCGGACGUCAGCGUGACUGUUAUUCCGCGAACUACGACCACAACGACUACGACGACGACGACUCCGGUUCCGGAGUAUGAUGCCGCCCAGCUGGGCAAUCGAUUGCCGCUUGCACCUGCUGGAGAGCCGGGUACUCCCGGUGAAAGUGGUGUGCCUGGUUCUCCCGGAACUCCGGGUGUUCCAGGAUUGCCGGGACCUCCUGGCCCUGUACCGGACCUGACCUACUUCACGCAACAGCUGCAGGACUCGAUGGCUGGAUCCGACAAGGGUCCCGGACCGGAUAACUUCCAGUACAUGCAGGCACAGGUGGGACCAGUUGGUCCACGGGGACCUCCCGGUCCUUCCGGAGUGUCGGGGCCUCAAGGUUUUCAGGGCACGAGAGGUGAACCUGGUGAACCUGGACCGCCCGGAGUAGCGGGACCCGGUGGUCCUCGCGGUCUUCCGGGGCCUCCCGGUAAGGAUGGCGCACCCGGUGACGACGGUGAAGCCGGUCCACAAGGUAUCGUAGGCCAACCUGGGCCUCGGGGCUUACCGGGCUUGCCCGGCGUUCCAGGAAUCAAGGGUCAUCAAGGAUUGCCCGGAUUGGACGGACCAAAAGGAGAGCAGGGCAAUAGCGGCGAAAAAGGUUCCGUAGGUUCCAUUGGACCAAUUGGUGCUCCAGGACCAGUGGGUCCUGCUGGACCCCGUGGCGAACGAGGACGAGAAGGUCCUCCCGGACCGAAUGGACUUCGAGGAAUCGAUGGCAUCGCUGGACCACCAGGUCAACCCGGACCAGUCGGCAAAGCUGGACCACCCGGAUUUCCAGGAACCCCAGGCAACAAGGGAGAUAUGGGUGCCCAAGGACCCAAGGGUAGCCAAGGUCCGCAGGGACCCCGUGGCGAAUCCGGUAGACCAGGACAACCGGGAGAACCUGGUCUGAACGGUCCACCAGGAAAGGAUGGCGCUGCCGGCGAGAAAGGUUCCAGCGGAUCUCCCGGUUUGGCUGGCCCACCCGGUUUUCCUGGGCCUCGCGGAGCUCCUGGCUUGAACGGUAGUCCAGGUGAUGUCGGAUCGAAGGGAGAGCCGGGUCUUCCCGGAGAUCGAGGCUACAAGGGAGAGUCGGGUAUCAAGGGAGAAUCCGGAACUCCGGGGCCGCGAGGCUUACCUGGAGCUGCCGGUCCAGAAGGAAAACGUGGCAAGCGUGGUAUGAAGGGACCCACUGGAUUGGCUGGGCCACAGGGAGAACGUGGUCUUCCGGGAAUUCCCGGAUUGCCCGGUCCUGAUGGAGCACAGGGUAUCAAAGGUCAGAGUGGAGAUCGGGGAGCUCCAGGACCGCAAGGAACCAAGGGUUCAACUGGUGAUCCAGGAUCUCCUGGACAACCUGGUAUCCAAGGAUUGAGAGGACCCGCCGGCCGUUCCGGUGCACAAGGUAAAGCAGGAGCGCCAGGAGAGAGAGGCCCACCCGGAGCGGAUGGCAAGGUAGGAGAACCCGGUCACCAAGGUCUCCAAGGAUUACCUGGUCCCAUUGGUUUGCCUGGAGAUAAAGGUUUCACAGGUGAACCAGGCAAAGAUGGAGACAUUGGACCGCCGGGACCUUCUGGACCCCGUGGUGAUGCUGGAAAAGAUGGUCCACCUGGCAUUUCAGGACCACCGGGUCCGCCCGGAAAUGACGGCGAUCGUGGACCACCUGGAGCCGCUGGACCACGUGGAUUCCAGGGAUUGCCAGGAACGCCUGGAAACCCAGGAGCGCCAGGAAAAGACGGUCAAACAGGACAACCGGGUCCGUCAGGACCAGCAGGACAACCCGGAAUUCGUGGCGAACGAGGAUUCCCCGGCGAACGUGGUCCAAUCGGAACACCGGGAACUCCAGGAUUACGUGGGGAGGCUGGCGCUCAGGGCAAUGAUGGGCCACCGGGUUCUCCGGGUCCGGUUGGCAUGAAAGGUCACCAAGGUGCACCAGGCAUUAUCGGUAUGCCUGGUCUGAGAGGACUUCCUGGUCCGGCCGGCGAAAAGGGAGAACGUGGUUCUCUUGGUCCAGUUGGACCUGAAGGACCCGCCGGUAGAACGGGUGAACGAGGUCCCCAAGGCCCUGUGGGUCCAACUGGGCCUCCGGGAGAACCUGCUGAAAAGGGAGAACCAGGAACGCCAGGAAUUUCCGGCGAACCUGGUACUCCGGGAGCAGUCGGCGAAAGGGGUCCAGUGGGACCGCAAGGAUUACAGGGUUUCCCGGGGCCGCAAGGUCCGGUCGGAGCAUCGGGUCCCAAGGGAGAUCGUGGCCAAAUGGGGCUGAAGGGCGAACAAGGAAACAGUGGUAACCCUGGAACACCCGGAGAACCUGGACCGCAGGGCUUGAUUGGAUUAACCGGAAGUAAGGGAGCUCGUGGCGAAGCAGGCUUACGUGGCGAAACUGGCUCGAUGGGCGCUCCAGGAAGACCGGGAGACCCGGGUGCAGCGGGACAACCCGGAAACUCUGGUCCACCAGGACCAGCUGGAAUAGCUGGACAGAAAGGAAACCCUGGAGAUACUGGCAGAUCUGGCAACCCAGGACCUCCAGGAAUACCUGGACAGCCUGGACCGGAAGGUUUGAAGGGACAAGCUGGCAGUGAUGGGCCUUCAGGACCAGCUGGAAAUCCUGGACCCCAGGGCGCCCCAGGUGAUCGUGGAAUGCCAGGUCUCCCGGGACCAAGUGGACAGCAGGGUGCACGUGGACUUCGAGGUGCCGCUGGGGAACCAGGUCAACCGGGAAAACCGGGUCACGAUGGGCCACAGGGUGUACCGGGAAUGUCCGGACCUCCGGGACCUCCAGGACCAGCUGGUGAUCAAGGAAUUGAGGGACCGGUUGGUAAACCUGGUCCGCCGGGCAUUGCUGGACGUGUCGGUGACAAGGGUCCGAUUGGGUCCCCUGGUGCACAGGGUAUAUCGGGUGCUCCCGGACUUCCCGGUCCUCCAGGGCCACAAGGUCAAAUUGGUCAGACCGGUGAAAGGGGACUGCGCGGUGAAACAGGAUCACAGGGUAUUGAUGGACCGCCAGGUCCACGAGGAAAGCCAGGACCGCCUGGUUUGGAUGGCCCCAAGGGUGACGCUGGUGAGCAUGGACAGAAGGGUGUCAAGGGUCAUCGAGGUUUGAUCGGUCUGCAAGGGUUACCGGGACCUGCGGGAAAUCCUGGCGAUAAGGGUGAUGUUGGUCCGGCUGGACAGCCCGGUAAACCUGGUGAAGCUGGUCCUCGUGGUCCUCCCGGCAGAGAUGGUUCCCCGGGUCCGCAGGGUAUGCUGGGUAUGGCAGGUCCGCGAGGUCCUCCCGGAAACGAUGGCAAGCAUGGACAGAGUGGACUUCCAGGUCCUCCCGGUCCUCCUGGUCCUCCAGGUGAUGGAGUCGGUUAUGACGCAGCUGCUUUGGCGGCGCUACUUGGCCACGGACAAGUUAGUAACAUGAAGGGUCCAGAUCCGAACUUGGGCGAUGAGCCAAUGAAGUUCAGCAAGGUGUUUGACCUUACCGAAGAGGAGCGCCGACAACUGGUUGAGACGGCUUACGAACGAUUGAAGACGGCAUUCGGAACGUUCAAGAAGCCAGACGGCAAGCAAGCUUCGCCGGCCAAGACCUGCAGAGACUUGUUCGCUGCCUAUCCGGAGUACACGUCUGGCCAUUACUGGAUUGAUCCUAACGAGGGAGAUGUCCGAGAUGCCAUUCUGGUCUAUUGUGAUGCCCAACAGAAGUCGUCAUGCGUGCUUCCGCAACCACUCAGGACCAAGGAGCUGCACCACGUCGGUGAUGAAACCGAGGUUUGGCUAGGAGAAAUGGAAGCCGGCAUGAAGAUCACGUACAAGGCCGACAGUAACCAGAUCGGAUUCCUGCAGCUUCUGUCGGCAUCGGCAUCGCAGAACGUGACCUACCACUGCAAGAACAGCGUAGCAUUCUACAACAAGGAGAAGAACAGCUAUCGCCAGAGCUUGAAGCUGCUGGCAUGGAACGACGCCGAACUGACGGCCCGAGGUCCCCAACGGCUGCGGUACGAAGCCACCGUGGACGAGUGCCAGUACCGUGCCCCGACGUACGCUCAAUCGAUCCUGACCUACCGGACGGAGAAGCCUACGAGGUUGCCGAUCAUCGAUAUUGCCGUGCGCGAUGUCGGCGAGUUAAACCAACAGUUUUGGAUCGAAAUCGGGGCGGUUUGUUUCUACUAAAAAGUGGUCGGACAGAAGCCAAAGUUAGAUUAAUAUUUAGUUAGAGUUACCAUAAAAGACUUGAAGAAACGCAAAAAAAGAAGCAAUUUGCAAAUCAAAGCACUGCCGAGAGAAACUGCCAGUGUGCGAAGAAGUGAUAUUUAUUAUACCAAAAACAUCUUGUAGCAAGAUCUUACAACUAAGUCUAGCGUAGGUCCCCCUUGUAGUUUUAUGUAACGUUAAGAUCUUCUAGACAAAGUGUGUGUGUACAAUAAAGAAGAAAUUAAACAAAAAA